GUGCGGUUGUGGGGGCUAUCCGGAUAAGUCAGGAAAUUGUGAAGUGCGCACAACUGACCCUUCUCCGCCGAAGAAGAGGCCAAGAAACAUCAAGUACAAAGGCGGCAGCUGCAAUGUCCGCCCCCCACCAAGUCAACCAUAGGUUGCCAGGGCAUGGAGGCAGGGACAACGACGACAUUCAAUCCAAUCAGUUCCCCGUCCGCACGUUUUCCGCACCACCUGGAGAUGUCGUUGAUACCAACCGACCCAGCUACCCAGCUGCUACACGCGGUGGGUACAACCUAGGUUCCCAUGGACAUUCGUUUCAGCCACAUGCGCGCGUACCCCCCGAAUUAGUACCUGGAGUGUUUCAGCCUGGACAGCCAUUUAUCCCUAAAGGAGCACCUCAACACCACCAUGUUGCACGAGACCAAGCUCACGUUGGCGACUCCAAUGUUGCCUUGAAUCCUCAACAGCAUCAAAUUCCUGGGCUUGGUCGUGCAAAUCACAGUCAGCAAGUUGGAGCACGUCCUGGUAACAGGCCCCCAAAUCCUAAUGUGCCUGCAUUUGUGCCGCAAGCCGCACCGCAAGUUCAAAUGCCGCUCCAACCUGGUUACAAUCCCCGUUAUCAACAACCUCCUUACUACGUUCAAGGUGGCUAUAGAGCGAACCCUCCUCCUAUGUAUGCGCCUCACAUGAACCAAAGCCCGCUGCCGUACCCACCAGUGCCUAACAUGGCAAUGAAUCCCGCGAUCGGAUUGAGUGGCCAGAUUCCAGUCCCUCCUCCUACAGUCGUCCCCCCCCCGCGGGAAAAGAAAGCCCUCCUCAUUGUUGACCCCAAAACAAAGCAGCCCAUCAAUGAAUGCCUUGCAACUGAUUCCAAAAAAGGAACUCCCACGCCAACCACGAAAAAGUCCAUAUCGACGCUGCGUGUGACAUCUGCAGAAUUCGUGAUGCCUUCAGCAACCUUUACCCCUGUGAGCCCCCCGAUCCCGCCAACGUCACCUAUUCACGAGACACCAGUGCUGUCGCCCAAACCCAAGAUUGUUCAUGCGUCGCCCAAAAAUUCGCCCAAACACACGCCGAAAAAUUCACCGAAACCACAACAAGUGGAGCUGAAAUUUUUGCACUCACCAAAAACCACCCCCAAAUCUCCUGUGGCGUCCCCGAAAGUUGAUUUUCCAAAGCAACAACCCAUGUCUCCAGUUGCUGCUGUUAAGCCACCCGUACGAGUAUUGUCUCCCAAGGCUGUCGAACCAAACCUCGUCUUUGGGACUGUCGAGCCUGCUUCGGACAUCCUUACCGCUUCUCCUAAAAACGUGUCGUUGCCUCCUGGAUUCGACGCCUCGAAGAAAAACGCCCAAGACGAAAACCCUGAGGCUGAAGUUGAAGCCAAGCCGGUGGUUAAAUCAAAGCGUACGACUGAACGGCCCCCAAACGACACCCCAAAAACGGAAAAGGCCAAAACGCGUUACUCCAUUCAAUUUCUUUUCAGCUUUCGGGAAGAAUACCCAGACCUCCCAGAGUUUGCAACUGAGGCUACGGGUUGGCUGAACAUGGAGAUCACCUGUGAUGGACCAAGUGGUCGCUCCGGCAGUCGACGCACUGAUCGCCAAAACUCUGGAGGCCCCCCAGUUAGCCAAUUGCAACGCCAAAGCAGUCGGGGAAACAAUGAUAAAUCAAAGCAGUGGGGACGCGAUACUACGACUUCGCGCCGCGCGAAUGGCGGCGGUCGCGGUGGGAAGAUGCGCCAACAACCUUCGUUCAACGACGACGACGUGCCACUCAAGCGCCGCGAAGAUCGUUGGGUGCCUGUAAAGGCAACGUCGAACUUGGACAAGGUGUUGAAGCAAGUCCAGAGUAUCAUGAACAAGAUGACGACCCAGAAGUUCGACGUUCUGUCGGGCCAAUUGACUGAAAUCGACAUGGAGAGCAUGGAAAUGCUCGAGGCUGUGAUCAAGAUCAUCUUUGACAAGGCCUUGGGGGAACCGCACUUUUGCGAGAUGUACGCGAACCUGUGCGUACGGUUGGAGCAGCACUGGCAAGUGUGGAGCUUCUUGCAAAUAGUCCAUCACGAGGAGUCGAACACGUGGUCGUGGACAACAAUGAGCGAUGUCGACGCAGAAGUUGUGGGUCCAUUUACAUCCGAGGCAGAACUGUUUGAGAACGCCGAGGACGACCCCACGGACGUCAUGACUGCCCCCGAAGGAAUGCAGCUAAAGGAAGUACGCGUUCGAAAUGGCAAGUUCAUUAAAGUGUGGGAACUGAACGGCGAACUGUUUUGGUCUGGCCAAAAUGUCGAAGACCUCGGGGAGAGUCAAGUUCUGAAUGGACCCUUUCCGACAAAGGAAGAAGCCAACUUGAAUGCAAUCAAGUCGACGACGUUCAAGCGGAUUCUGCUCAAUGCAUGCCAGGCCGAGUUUGAGAAGGACAAUAUCUACGAGGAUCUGGAGCAGCAAAAGGACAAAGCCCGUGAGGACGGCACGUUAACCGCCGAACUCGAAGCCGCCUUUGAAGAGAAAAAAAUGCUGACGAAGCAACGCAUGCUGGGAAACAUUCGAUUUAUUGGUGAGCUCUUUCGCAAGGGUAUGCUGCAAGAGCGCAUCAUGCACGCGUGCAUCCUGAAGCUGCUGAAUGUGAUGCGAGUCCCCAAUCGAGAAGACUACAAGAUUGCUCCAUUGAACCCUAAAGCUGCACCCGACGAGGAGAGUAUUGAGUCCCUGUCGAAACUCUUGACCACUAUGGGAAAAGACCUCGAAGCGCAGCAUAUGUACCCAGGCGCGAUGGUCGAAUACUUCAACUACUUGACGUACUUGACCAAAGACAAACGGCUGUCGUCUCGAAUCAACUUCAUGAUCCUCGACGUCAUUGAUUUGCGCAAAAAUCGGUGGGAGCCUCGACGAAAAGAACUCAAGCAAAAAACACUCGAGGAAACGCGCAAGGAUUACGAAAAGGAACUUGCGAGUGCGGCCAAGAAACACGGUGGCCCCCCGCCUACGCGGGGUGUUGUGUCGUCGACUUCGGCGCGGGACAUGAGCCAACGUAGCGGGCCUAGCUCGCGCGGCGGCCAACCACCCCCGCGUAGCAACUUCAAUUUGGACAAAUCUCGUUCCAAACAAUUUGACAAGCCGAAUGCUUCAGGACGUCCUGCUUCGUUCGCUAGUGUGGGGAAGGGCAAGGGACUUUCUGGUGGACGCCCCCCAGUUGUCGAGAAACCGGCGCCUGUCAAACAAAUUGCGGACCAACUUGCCCAAGUCUCAGACGAUACCAAGGACUUGAUCGCGAAAAAUGCCAAGUCCAUCCUGGAAGAAUAUGUCGCACUUAUGGACACGAAAGAAGUUGCUUCGUGUGUGGUUGAGUUGAAGACUCGCCAAGCCCCAGCUGUGUCGGCGCACCUUGUGUCGAGCCUCAUCGUCAAAGAAGGCCUGAAGCUGGCAGUCGAGGCCAAAGACGCCACUCGCGAAGGCAUUUUUGACGCUUUGGUGUUCCUGUUUGAAGAUAAGCAGUUGGAGGCCGAUGCAGUGAAGUACGGAUUGGAAUCGGUUAUUUUGUUUGCCCCUGAAAUUGUGUACGAUGUUCCGAAGAUCAACCAACACUUGGGUUCGAUCAUCGCUCGACUCUUCAAGUUGAUCCCAUCGUUGACAUUGGAGUGGUUGAUCAGCGGCAUUCACGGGGAUACCGACGCCCUGCAAGAGCUCGUGGACAGCGGUCUACUGUGUGGGAUCGUUGGAGUGUUUUUAUCCCAAGUCCCACCGGCAGUCGCCCAAGCCCAAUCCAACGCGUUUACAAGCAUCAACCUGACGUCGAUUUUUCCCGAGCAUACCCGAACAGUGUCGGACGUGAUGGACUGGGCCAACAAAUUCCACUUGAACCAAGCGCUGCCUGCGUUGUACACCGCAGGACAAGUUUACGCGUUUGCAAAAGACUCCAAAGAUGUCGACGAGGUCGUCCAGUGGGUGGAGUCGAACGUGCGAGGUGCCAUGCGGACGAACAGUUUGUUUACCAAGCAAGCAUGUCUGUUUCUGCUAAGUUUGCCGUCGUGGAAACCGUAUUCGAAACUCCUUGUGGGUUUAGCUGGGGGGUUGGACGGUGAGAUGGCUCUCGUCGAUGGGAUUGUCCAAGACGUACCUCCAGAGGAGUUGGAGCCCCUGCUCUCUGCACUUAUUGAAAGGCACAUUGUGACAGUGGAGGCAGCGGUCGCGUGGAAAGAAUCCAGUCGUCGCAAUCCAGCCCGAGACAAAGCGCUGGCCCAGCUGGGAGAUUACAUUGAAAAGCUGCAAAAAUAGGCGCAACGCCUGUGGCACGUGGCCGUGGGAGAGCGUCUUGGAUUCCACUCGGGCACGUUUGGUGAGCAGUCGCGGACGCGUAUUAGAAAUACAUCGUUUUAUCUGGUCGGACAUUGGUCUGUCUAUCUACUUUCGCGUGGUUGGUUUUAAUCGCGGGUCUUUCAACUUGCGCGAAUCCGUUCGCUUCUCGACAUCGUGGAGUUCGCGGGAUCGUUGCCGCGUCUUGCCUGCGACGGUGGACACGGCAUCGCUGUGUUUCAUCUCGUUGACUUUUUGCAGUAAGCUCUGAUUGAUCUGGACUUCCAAGUUGGUGUGAUCCGCCUUGAGCAACUGCUGCUCCUUGGCUUCGAUCUGCUGCUUCAGCCAAUUUUGCUGCAUUUGGUUUUUGUGUGCACGCUGUUGCUGGAGUAAUCGCUCCUUCUUCUCGUUCGCCUCGCGCUCGUUGCGCCACAUGUCGGCUUGUUUGUUGUACUCUCUACACGCAGCGCAGUCAGACCUGCCCUGUAUUGCAUUCACGGACUCUUUUUCAUGGGAUUCCCGAUCUUUCUUGAGCUUGAUCUGUGCCUUCAAGUACUCUUGUUGCGCCUGGUUGCGCUCGGCGGCAUCGUGCUUCUUCUUCGCUUCGAGUUCCAUUUGUUUCUUCUCGUAGUCCUGCGCAAUCCAAGGCAUGACCACCCACACUCCCGUGGCGACGGGUUCGUACCGCUUGGUAUCGCAGCACGCGAAGCUCAUCCUCUUUGUUCUUCA